GAGUCCCGGGCUGUGCCCCUCGAAGAUGGCGGCGUGAGCGCGCGCCCGCGGCCUCCGGCGGUCAUGCCGCGAUGGCCAGAGAGGUAACCGCGUCGGUCCGGCGCCGCCGCCGCCGCGCGUAACCGGCGGCCCCGCCUCGCCCGGAGACAUGUGAGUUGUGACAGUGACAGUCGCUAGUGGUGUACAGGGUUACGUUGCCGUUGGACUUGUUAAAAUGAAACAGCGAACGGUAAAAAUUGAUUUCGCUUUGAGUUCUUUUGUUUUACAAGACUUUAUUUUUGAUUGACGUCUACUUUAGUUUGUGAUACACACUUCGAUAUUUUCUUGAUUCUCCUCAUUUUGUUUGGUUGGAGGGUAGGACAACUAUAGGUAUUACUUUUGUUUUUGCUUUAGUUAGUGCACUAGUAUUUAUUUCAUUAAAUUCAGUUGAAAUAAGAAAACUAAGCUCAGGAAGAUGGACUGGAAUAUGAACGUUAGCACUUAUUAGUUAUUAGCUUUACUUAGCUGCUAUUCAUAUUAUUAUCCGUAUCUUAGUUUGUCGUUUGCAUAGUAAAAAUGGCUAGGUAUUUACUUUCGGAAAAGUUAUUUUUUGUACGUUACUUUCUCAACAGGUGUCACUAAUUGUUUUGCUGACGUUUUUUAUCAUUAUCAUUACUAACCAACCAGUAAAUAAUGAUAUUUUAACAGGGUUCUCUUAGCGAUACUAAAAAAGUGAAAACAUAAAGUGGACAUUUUUGUGGUCGUCAAUAUGAUUGUGGAAAUACAAGAGGAGGUUAGAGGGAAGAGGCCUUUUAAGAUAUGGGACAGCUCGAGGAGCGUGAGGAAGGGGUUGGUUGUGACUAGCUUCGAAGAGUUAAUUCACAGAGGUAAGGAGAAGUUGUCAGUAGCGGCGAGCGAGCCCGUGCGGCUGGUGCUAGAGAGCGACGGCACACAGGUGGAGGACGGCGACUACUGGCGCACCCUCCCCCCCAACACCGUGCUUUUGCUGCUGCGGCCCGGCGAGAGAUGGUACCCCACCGGCGUCGAUGUCAUCAAGGCCGCGAUCUCGGCGAUCCCCAAGAUAGUGUGCGAGACGAUACACGCGCUCGAGCUCCACGAUGAGACUCCCUCGUGGAAGAUCAUGGACAACAAGGGGCGCGUCACCGUGGUGUUGCACUGGGACCAGCGACCCGCCGCAUCGCCGGCCGCGCGCUCGCCGUCGCGCCAGGCCAAGCCCGACCGCCGGCCCUCGCUCGUCAUUCAGACCUCGCUGGACCGGCCGCAGCCGCCACCGCCGCACAUCACCGUCGUCAACCACGACGAGCCCGGCCCGUCGCGCGCGCGCCUCUCCCGCGCGCCCUCCUCGCUAGACCACCACGUGCACACGGCUGAGUGCCGCGCCGCGCCCGCGCCGCCGCACACGCACGCGCCGCGCCAGCCGCCCGACGAGUGCGAUUUCCACUGCUGCGCGCUGCACGAGGAGGGCCGCCGCAUCGCCGUGCACAAGAACGUAGCCACCUCGCCCAUCCAGGACGCGCAGCCGCGCGCCUCGCCACAGGGCCGCCCCAAGGGUCACGUGCGCUUCCUCGACGCCGAGUCCGCGCGCCGCGGCGACCGCGACUCCUCCGAGAGCGAGACCGAGAACACGCUCGUCGAGGAGGAAUCAGGCACCUCCAACAAGUUCCUGCUGCUGAUCGACCAGCUCAACGUCGAGCAGAAGCGCCACCUCACCAUCAAGGACAUCGGCAUCAUCCUCGAGCGGCUCAGCUCCAAGAUCGUCGACGUGGAGCGGCUCGACCGCGAGACCGAGUCCGACGACUGCUUCAACUGGACGAUCAAGGCGACGAUCCGCGGCGAGGCGCUGCGCGAGCUAGGCGUCAUCUACAACGGCAACUACUACGCCAUCUGCGAGCACCCUGGCUACCGGGAGGAGAACGAGGAGGCCGGUGAUGAGGGCGAGGAGGAGGAGGAGGAGGAGGACCGGCUCUGAUCGGGUCUGUGCGGCGCCGCCGUGCCCGCCGCCGCCGUGCUGCGCCUGGCGCUGUGCCGCGUCGCCGCGCGCUGAGCGCCGCACUCCCGCCACUCGUGACGACACACCCGCCGCUGGGCUCGACCGCGCGGACCGCGCGCGCGGUGUCGGUAGCCAGCGGACCCGAGGAGCGAUCUCUCCAUCGCGACUAGAGACAUUUAUAAAAUCGGGAGCGGCGGGCCGAGCCGCGCGACCGCCGGCCGGCGCCGAGCCAUAGGUAAUAAAUAGCGGAAUUUAUUGUAAGUAAAUUGACUUCCUAUCGAUUUCUAAGGUGACGUACCCUCGCGACGUGCGUCCCGGCGCCCGUGGCCCGAGGCGCGCGCGGCGGGCGAGCCCGCGCGGAGGCAGCACAAAUAUUCAUCAUCGACGUUACUCGUAAUAUAAUAGGAUAAUAAAUAGCUCACGUUUAGCACGGAGGACGGAGAACUUUUGCGAGCGAAAACUCGACUUUCGAUCGUUCCGUUUAUAGAUUCGGUCGGCCAUACCCGACGAGCGAUCGCCGCCGCAACGUUACGAACGGUUCGGCCUAAUGACACUGAUAUUUUCUAAAUCGUAAACCGCGGGUCUCCGGCCGCGAAGUCCCCGCUCACUUGAGACUUAUGAAACAAUAAACGCGUAGCAGCUACUGGGUUACGCCGGCCGCGGGCGGGGGGCGCGGGCCGGCUGCGUGUUGUGCGAGGUCGGAGGUAGACUGACGAGCAUCAGCUCCUGUAUUUUAUCGGAUUUUGUAAGAGUGCGAGUCUGCGGUCCGCACGCGGACGCGGCGGCCGCCGGAGUGACGCCCUACAAGGUGUCCUCGUAAUAAACUCGAUAGUUAUAAAUUAUAAUAAUAAAUUGAAUGUUGAAAAAGGUUGUAAUAAAAUACGAUUAUACCGUCGUCGCAUCGUACCGGGAGGUAUUUGGUAGGAGUAAGUCGAUUCUUGUAUUACUAAGCUCUAUGAUAUCGUAGAAUUAUUGUAAUGUUUUUAAUUUUUGUAUAGUACUAUACGUGAAAGAGGUGUAUGAUAUACUUAUUGAGGUUCGACUAAUUUUACCGGCCGUCGGGCUGGAGGUGUAUAGUUAUGUAAGGUGUAACGGACAACGGUAACGAGGCGUUAUUUUACUAUCGAUAAGUUUCACAUUUGUGAUUUGUAACGUUGUUUCGUGUUGUACUUUUUUUGAUUUAUUUUCGAUUGUUGUCUAUAAUUCACGGGAAUAGGUUUUUUUCUCGAAAUUCUGGGCUGUUUUUGAGUACUAUGCGGCGGAUUGGAGAUUAUUUUUCUUUUUCCUACCGAUACUUCAAAUUUAAUAACGACUUCAGCAAAACAAUAGUAAUAAGCAGACAUUUUAGUUUUCAAGGAUCCAAAAAAAAACUAUUUCCAUGAAUAAUGCGUUUGGAUGUUUCGUGAAAUCUAGUCAUUUUGUUUAAUGUUUUGAUAUUGUGUCCUAAAUUAAUUAAUUUUCAUCGAUUGAAUCGCUCUUAUUUCUAGGGUAAAGCUAAUAUAUAAUAACCAUCGUCUAAGUUGUAGGGGGAUUUUGAGAGGUUUUAUUAAAUCAAACGUUUUAAACAAAGUAUAAAUAUUCGUUGUUUUGUACUUGAUUAGUAUUCGUGUAAGCUUAAUUUAAAUUAUUUGACCAAAAUCCACAAGAAUGGAGAAUCGUCGUUUUCGUGACACAAAUGUUCUGUCGUUUCCCACUCCCCAUAAUUAUACUGUGAAUAGUUAUUUUGUAACUCUUUAUAGGUUUCAUAAAUUAGGAACACGGCAUAGUUAAAAACAUUUUAUUGUGUCCAAGAGGAAAUUGUGGGUUUUAAUCAUUGACAUAAAUUUAAAAUAAUAGAUUAUUCACAGUUGACUCCUAACGCUAGUAGCGGGGUAAUUUUCGAUUUGCUGGAUUAAUGCCAUUAUACCAGAAGCGUAACAAGAGCAGCAGUUGAGAGCUAAGUGUGAAUCACUUAUCAUCAGGCUUUCUAAUUUCCUGAUACAUAUAAUUGAAAAAAGUUUACCAAUGGGUUAAGAUACAGUUAGUGUACAGGUAGAUGGUACGCACAAUAUCAUAAAUUAUAACACCGGCGCGAACCAGCGAUAUAAAUAGAGCCUUGUAUUACCUAUUCGUUUUAAAUGAUACCCAGACCCAGGCGAUUU